AUGAAGAAGCUGGCAUACACGCAAAGCGGAAUGACGACAACGACGCAGGUGAAGAAGAAGAAGAAGGGGCGGAAGGAGGUGCUGAAAGGCGCGUGGACGCCGCAGGAGGACGAGCUGGUGCGGCUGCUAGUGGAGAAGCAUGGUCCCGUGAAGUGGACCAUGAUUGCUGAGCACCUGCCCGGACGGAUCGGGAAGCAGUGCCGUGAGCGGUGGCACAACCAUAUCAACCCGGCGAUCUACAAGGGCCCGUGGACGGUCAUCGAGGACACGGUCAUUCUCUCGGCCCACUCGCGGAUGGGCAACCGGUGGGCGGAGAUUGCCAAGCUCCUGCCCGGGCGGACGGACAACGCCAUUAAGAACCACUGGAACUCGUCGCUCAAGCGCAAGAUUCAGGGCGGGGCCUCGGGCCCGUCGACGUCGGCGUCGGGAGCGUCCAAGGCUGCGGCGGCGCGGAAGAAGAGCUCGGCCAGCCGAAGCAAGGCCAAAGCGUCGCGCAAGGCGGCCAAGUCUGCGUCGCAAUCAAAGUCGGCAUCGCCGCCGGCGGUGACAGCGCCGACUGUGCCCGGCGCCGCCGCCGGACCGGCAACGACAACGCGGGUGGCGGCCGAGCUUGCGCGCGAGGCCAAGGCCAGCGGCAAGGAGCGGUCGGCGUCGCCGGCGGCCGGUGACAAGGACGAAGGCGAGGAGUCUGCGUCGUCACUUAUUUCGGACGACCUCAAUCUGUUUGACCUCUUCUCGCCCAUCAAAGGCCACAUUCCGUCAGGCGAGAUGAGCGAGCCGAUGACGGCCAAGCUUGCGGCGUCGACGAUGACGCUUGCGCAGGCGCAUCGGGUGUACAAGAUGAGCAGCGCAGCGCGGCUCGACAGCCCGCUGGCGCCGGCUGCUGCAGAGAGCAAGCGCCCGCUGCGGACAGAGCUCUUCUCGCCGCCGUCGGGUCCGGUGUACCGGACCGGUUCGCGACCUUCGGCGUCGCGGGUGGUGGGUACAAGCGCGCCGAUGCCGGUGUCGUCUUCAAGAAGCUCGGGAGCGUCGCGGGCUGGGCCGAGCGGGUCGGACCCGCGGCGUGCCGGGCGGGCGAACAUGCUGCUGUCGCCACCGCCAUCGCUCUUUUCGACCACCAUGGGCUCGCCACCACUGGGACGGGUGGCGCUGCGGUCUGCCACCCAGACGCCGAUUGCGCCGAUCCCUAUCAAUCCGUCGUCGUCGCCGGCGCCUGCGCUUGCCGAGCCCGACGACGGCGUCCCGUUCUCGCCGUCGCAGUUUGACAGCCCGCCGCUGAUGCUCCGCGGGCUGCGGCCGAGCGCGCGGCGGCCGCGUGCAGCGGCGCGGGUGACCCGCGCGGCGGCAGCGGCGGCGUCGAGUGCCCCGACAUCGCUCGCGUCGGUGCCAUCGCCUUCAAAGCGCAUGGCGCUCGCGUCACCGUCACUGGAAUCGAGCGGUGGCGCGUUUUCGGUCAUGGAGCGCGCCUCGUCGCGCUCGUCGUCGGCAGCGAGCUCUGUUUCGCCGCCGUCAUCCCGGAUGCUCCUUCCGCCGUCGACACCUUCGACAGAAGGCUCAGUCUCGUGCGAGCCGACGCCGUCGCGGCGCAUCUCGAUCCGCCGGAGCAAGGAGCGGCAGAUGCCGACGGUCUCGACCAAGGCUGCUAUUCUGGCACCGGUCUAUGAAACGCUUCCGGGUACGCUGACGACCUCGCAGCAGCUCUCGUCCAUCGCUGCCAUGAAGGAGCGAUCGACAUCGUCGCGCAAGCGCCGCCAGCGGUCGCCGGACCACGGCUCGCCGACGCGGUUUUCGCCGAGCUACUCGCCGUCGGGCUCGCGGACCCGUAAGCGGCGCAAGCCAAUGUGGAGCUCGCCGCCGAUGCCGCUCUCACUUGUUGACCCGCCGCAGGUUCUCGACGCCUCGAUCACGCUCUCGCCGUCGCGAGUCUUCUACCUCGCGCACGACGAUCCGCCACUGGCGCGGACGCAGGACGAGCUUCAGCGCGAGCGGCAGCACUUUCUGAAGGCGCAGGCCAUGUCGCCAGCGUCGGACAAGAGCAGCUCGUCAGGCGGUGGCGGGUCGCCCGCAUCGGGCUCCAGCUCGAGCGACGCCUGGCCGGCCUCGUUGUAUCCCUCGCUGAUCGUCUCGUCGUGAGCCGUGGCGAUGAAUAAUGAACACAUCCUUGAC